AUGACCAGCAACUUCGACCGAGUCCGAGCAGCUGCAAUAGACGGCCGCCUGCACAACAUCUACCACCGCCAAGUUCAACUCGAGCGCCUCUGCGCCGCUCUCAUCUCAAACAUCUCCAACAUCCAAGAAGCAAUUGCUACAGACUAUGGCCACACGCCUGCCGAAAUCGCCGUGGAGUACCACUUAGCAAUCAGCGCGGUCAAGAAGUGCUAUGCCGAACUCAAGCCGAAGGAAGCACAUCAGCAAGAGUACCUGAUCGCUAAUGGCACGGAUGCUCCUGAGAAUCGAGUGCCAGCUGGGAUUGUGUAUAUUGAGCCAACGAGUCAUGCGAUGUUGUACUCGGUUGUUGUGCCAUUAGCUAGUGCCCUGGCGGCUGGGAAUUGUGUGAUUCUGUUACUUGAGAACAAUCUACGAGCCGUACCCAGUCUACUGCGGAAGCUGCUUACAUCUGCGCUCGAUGCGGAUGUCUUUGCAGUAGCAGCCUCCCCGGUUAAGGAUGUGUUGAUACUGGAUCAUGCUAUUUGCGUGCUGCAGAAUGGCGUUGAACAGGUUCCCAGGCAGAACCAGCUGACACAUCGGAGUAGUCGAUCCGUGGUAGCGGUUGUGGAUCGGACAGCAGACCUGCGGCUUGCAGCCCAUGAUUUGGUGGCCGCGAGGUUUAGCUUUGGUGGUCGAAGUCCAUACGCACCGGAUUGUGUUUUGGUGAACGAGUUCGCUAAGAAGGACUUCCUGGAGGCUGUGGCCAGCGAGUGUGCCAGUCUCAGCACCAGCGUGGAGGGUAACAUGCGCAAGACGACUUCGCGGAGUAGAGUGGGCGAGCAGCUGGAGACGUUGAGGAAGGCCCAUUCGAGUCUCGGAGUGGUUCUGCAGGACCUUGACUUUGCUGUUGUCGACACAGCAGACAGAGACAGCUUGCUUUCACAGAGAACUGAUGCUUCGAUCAUGGUGAUCCAUAGCAUCAAGAGUCUGGACGAUGCCAUCGAUCUAGUCGGAAGCUCAACAGAAGAUUCGUGCCUAGCAGCCUACCACUUCGGCAACCCAGCGACUGGCCAAUAUCUGGCCCAAUUCAUCGCAUCAGAGACUGCAUACAUCAAUCACAUUCCGCGAGAACUCCUGGUGGGGCCUGUCGUUCCGAGUGGCCUUGGUUUGAUCGCAACUGAACGAGAUCCGACGAAGCUAUUUUCACUUCGCCGGCCAGCUUUCAUCACGCCAGCAACAGGGUCAAAGGCUCUGGCAGAUGUUCUUGGUGGGCAAAGUCCGCGACUCUUGUUGGAGGAUGCCACAACGCCGUUGGCGGAGUUCAAGAGGCAUCCUGCAGGAGGUGUAGGAUUCUUCGAGCAAGGUUUCUUGAUCAAUGCUGGCAUCAUUGUGUCCAUUUUCCUGACAGUCUCGGUGGCUGGGUCAGUGUGGUCGUGGCGGCACUGUAGAGCAAUGUGA